ACUCCCAGCCUGGAUGAAGUCCUCCACCCGCAGCCCCGGCAAACACACAAACUUCCAAGCUAGUUUAGACACCCAGGACACUUGGCCACCCUUGCCCCAGGCACCUAGAGAAUGUACAAAAACACCACUGGCAUAGAGACUCGUGAGACACACAGUAUAGGUGACUGAGCAGUGAUCCUGAGAUGGACAUUUACAACUUUGGAAGCAACCUUGACACAAAAGACAGAUGCAACUUUCUGUUGAGGAAAUGGGCCAACUCAAGGUAGGGGAAAGGAAGGCUGCCCACUCAAUUUUUCCCUUCUCAAUCAGAGCAUUGGAGUAACACAGAGGCAAAAACAAGCCAGAGUCCUGCUAUCUCCUAGGCGUUUUCCUUCAGCCACCUGAAGUGGGCUUGGACUGACCAUCUUCACUCUUGAAGCUGGAAGCUGCAAAUGCCUCUUGUGACUUGAACCUUAAAGACAACCUUAAGCUAUUUCAAAAGAUUGAUGCUCUCUCUCUUGCUCUUGACAAUCCCAUCCAGCCCCUUAGGUGGGCAACAGGCAUUCAUCUCCCCCCAUGAGGACUUUGCAGCCGAGGUUACGGCCAAGGACUUGGUGAUAUAAAUUCGAUAGGUUUUCAGUCCCUGUGGAAAGGAUGUUCAACUCAAGGAAGAACCAAUGGCAGAAGAGUGGUAAGGGUUCACCAGUGAUGGUGAACCUUUUAGAGACUAAGUGACCAAACGGCAACCCUCUUGCUGAAGGUGCUCAGUAAGUGGGCGGCCCGGUUCCCGGUGCUGCAGCCCUUGCUUGUACCGCCGCCGGCCCAGGUGCAGAUGGAGGGCGCGGGCACCGAGGCGCCGCAGGAGCGGGAGCAGCAGCAGUUCACCUACCAGGUGUUCCCCGAGCGGUACUCGGAGGGCAAGUCCAAGAGGAGCUUCCUUGCCACCAGCUUCUUCACCCACAACCAAAAGUGUCAGCUGAUGCUCCUGAAGUCCCUGGACCGAAGUCCAUAUGUCAAGCUUCUGCUGGAUGCUAUGAGGAGCUCUGGUUGCACUGUUUACAGAGAGAGACACUUCUCUUGUGAAGAUUGUAAUGGAAACGUCAGCGGAGGUUUUGAUGCCGCCACAUCCCAGAUAGUGCUGUGUCAGAAUAAUAUCCAUAAUCAGGCUCACAUGAACCGAGUGGUCACUCACGAACUAAUUCAUGCAUUUGAUCAUUGUCGUGCUCAUGUUGACUGGUUUACUAAUGUCAAACAUUUGGCCUGUUCCGAGGUUCGAGCGGCCAACCUCAGUGGAGACUGCUCACUUGCCAAUGAAAUGAUCCGACUUAAUUUUGGAUUAAAACAGCAUCACCAGACUUGUGUCCGAGACAGAGCCCUUCGUUCUAUUCUGGCUGUUAGGAAAGUUAGCAAAGAAGAAGCCCAGAAGGCUGUCGAUGAAGUUUUUGAAUCCUGCUUUAAUGAUCAUGAACCUUUUGGAAGAAUUCCACACAGUAAGAAUGAUGCCAAGCAUGCCCAUCGAAACUUUCAGAACCGAGAUCGCUAUUAUGCAAAUGUGUGAAGAACAUGGAUCGUCUUGUGUUCAAUAAUUGCAGUGUUCAUGGAGAAAAUAUGGUUCAUAGACUUAUAUGUUAAAAGCCAAAAUUAACAUGGAAGUGUGGAUCCUCAUACAGUGGAGAAUUUACUUCCAUUACCAGAGAAAUUAAGAGCAGGCAGAAAUGAAACGUCUUUGGAUUUUUGGGUGUUUUUAAACCUCAAGGUAGACACUUCUCCCACCUUUUCUGCUUUCUCAGAGGUUAGUAUUUGUGAUAUCUUAUCACCUUCUUCUGGCAAAUAAAUGACAUUUGAAUUUUUUAAAA